UCGUCCUGCCUCGCUCGAGCGCUCGAACGCAGUGGUCAGUCUGGGUUUUCCCAUCCUCCUGGAAUCAGCAUCCGAGCGGCGACCUGAAGCCGAGAGACGGACACGCAGAGCUGAAAUCCGCACCGCAGCUGCGCGCCCCCGCGACCCACGGCGAGCGCGUUCAUUUUCACUUCGCCUUUCUUCAGGUUUCUCUCGCUCUUCCGUCUGCUCUGGCGCGCUCCACACACACUUCUCCUUGUCGAGGAUGUCGGUAGCGGGCUUGAAGAAACAAUUUCACAAAGCCAGCCAGCUGCUCAGCGAGAAGAUAAGUGGGGCAGAGGGGACGAAGUUUGACGAUGACUUCACCGACAUGGAGAGGAAAGUUGAUACCACCAACAAAGCUGUUCUUGAGCUCUUGUCCAAAACCACAGAAUACCUCCAGCCAAACCCAGCCUACAGAGCCAAGCUGGGCAUGCUCAACACGGUUUCCAAGAUGCGAGGGCAGGUGAAGACCAUGGGGUACCCCCAGACGGAGGGAAUUCUGGGAGAUGUCAUGAUGCGCUAUGGCAGGGAACUGGGUGAAGAUUCGUGCUUUGGCUGUGCACUGGUGGAAGUGGGUGAAGCCAUGAAGUUGAUGGCUGAGGUGAAAGACUCCCUGGACAUCAGUGUGAAGCAGAACUUUAUUGACCCACUGCAGUUGCUUCAGGACAAGGAGCUGAAGGAGAUUGGGCAUCAUCUGAAAAAGCUGGAGGGGCGGCGGCUUGACUUGGACUACAAGAAGAAGCGUCAGGGGAAGAUACCAGAUGAAGAGGUGAGGCAGGCAGUGGAGAAGUUUGAUGAAUCCAAAGAGCUGGCUGAGAGGAGCAUGUUCAACUUCCUGGAGAAUGAUGUGGAGCAGGUGAGUCAGCUGGUAGCCCUGGUGGAGGCAGCCCUGGAUUACCACCGCCAGUCCUCUGAAAUCCUGGAGGAGUUGAACAAAAAGCUGCAGAGCAGGAUCUCCACAGCAGGUGCACGUCCCAAGAAGGAGUUUCAACCAAAGUCCAUAAUGAACAGCUUGGAGUCCAUUGAAUCCCCACCGCAGAAUGGACUGUCAUACAGCUCAUCCUUCAAAUCCUCAGGUAUCCUGAUCGACCACACUGUAAAUGGAAAAAAUGAGCCAAGCUCUUGCAUGUUACAGGCAUGGCCAGAGAGCCCACAUGAUGACCAGUCUGAAGCACCCUUGGAUCAGCCAUGCUGCAGAGCGGUCUACGACUUCGAGCCAGAGAACUCGGGUGAGCUGGGCUUCAAGGAGGGCGACCUCAUCAUCCUCACCAACCAGAUCGAUGAGAACUGGUACGAGGGAAUGCUCCAGGGGGAGUCGGGCUUCUUCCCCAUCAGUUACGUGGAGGUGAUUGUGCCGUUGCCCCAGUGAUGCCUGCUCUGUGCCUUGCGGUUCCGACUGAACCCUUCGGCAGGAUGUUCCACCAUCACCUAACUCAGUGGAAGCCUUGCAGCUCCACAGAUCUUUUUAGAUUACUGAAUUUUUCACUAUUUAUUUGUAUAUUGCUCAUGGUCAGCUGGAAGACGAGUGUGCUUCUACCCACGACACCCAGGACCAGUUCUCGGCCCAAGGUUUGCCUGGUGUGCUCGUACUGGAGAUAUGCUGUUGUGCGUCACUGUAUUCUUCUGCUGUCUCUCUAUGUUUCCGCUGCAGCGUGAGAUAGAUUAUAGCCCUCCUGACACGAAACAGACCGUAACCCGCCUCAUGUGGUCUUAAGCGCAUCUGAAGCAUGUUUUGGACCAUGAGUCAAUGGGGGGGAACUGUUAUUCUGUGAAUGUCCUCUCUGUUUAGAGGUAUAACAAACCCAAUGCUAAUCAGCCUCAACACCCUGUAAUUCAUCCUUUAAGUACUUAAAUGUUGCCCGUUUGUUUGCACUGAUCCCUUGGGACUGACUUGUGUGAUUUUAAUUUUUUUGACAUUGCACUUUUGUCUCCAUGAUGAGAAGAAUCACAUUAGACAAAGUCUCUAUGUGUACUGUCAUUUUUCUGUGCCAGAAAAUGCAUACAUUAAUCUGAAUUGUACAUUAAAAGGGUUUAUUACCUGCCAUGUGACAUCAGGCCAACCGUGGUUCAUUUUAAGAGCGUGAAUGAUGUGUUCUUGGCCCCGCAGCAGCACACCCCCAAUAGCCAUUCUGCACUUUCCAUGCAGUGAUCUUGGUUAAAUCUGGUCAAAUGUCUAACCCCUGAAUGAUGUAGAAUUAGUUAAAUUAGUUUGUGGAUAUAGUGCUAGUACAGUAGGUGUACUGUAUAUACACCUAAUGAUUCUGCAUACCAGAGGUGUUUUCAGUAAACAUAUGGAAAGGAUGAGUAGAUGAAGAAUUAAUUUACAGUGUUUUAAUUUCAAUUAUGAUGUUUAUUAUUGCUAAACCUGCUGUAAAAAAUUAAAAGUAUAUUUACUGUGCAAUUCUGGCAGCAUACUGUUGUACUACUGCAGUUUGGAGUAUUGAAGUAUUGAAAUUGCACUUUUUUGGGGACUUUACUCUGACUCUAAAGUAACGGAGAGUUGCAGGUUAAAACAAGCUGGACAGCAGAAGAAUGACUCUGAUGCGGUCGUCCACUCAUGACAGCACAGGUCUUAUGACGCAAUUCAUAUGCUAUUCCAUGCCGAAAACAAGCAUUGGUCCAAGAAAGUGUGGAAGAAUAAAAAUGAAGUACCUAUUGCUAGUGGACACUUGUGACGAUGUCCACAUUUUAUGUAUUUUUUUGUUUUUUGCAGAAGGUUGGAACUUAGCAUUUGUUAUGGAGAAGGGACCGUGCGUCAAAGAGCUUUCGCUUCUUUCUGUAAGUCACAUAGGAAGUGUUCUGUAGAUGUUGUAAAUGAAAAUAAUUUAUAUUAUGUAAAUAAAUAAAUCUAA